AUGAGGAUCUCGCUCGGAGGAGUGCUCCUGCUGCUGUCUGCCCACACUCUGAGCUGUGAGAUCAUCAAGCUGGACGUGACCAAUUUCGAGCACGACACACAGGCGUCCACGGGUGCCACCACUGGAGACUGGUUGGUCAAGUUCUUCUCCCCCAAGUGCGGAACCUGCGUGGAGUUUGCACCUAUCUGGGAAGAGGUGGCCACAGAGCUCAAGGAGAUGCAGGUGCAGGGCAUGGGCGUCCACAUCAACGUCGCUGAGGUGGAGCUUACGCCGGGCAACAAGGAGCUGUUCGACCGCUUCAAGGUCGAGCAGCUUCCAGAAAUAGUGCUCUUCCGAAAAGGGAAGAUGUACAGAAAAGUCAUGGAAUCUCCUGAUGGCCAUGGCCACGACAAAGAUAAAGACAAGGUGAUUGCAUUCGCAACGGAAGGGUUCUCCGCGGUCCAGGCAGUGGACGUGCCCAAGGAGAAGGGGUUUGUGGACAAGCUUGUCGAAAAGGUGCUGGGCCUCUUCGGGAAGGGCGAGUUGUGA